CUUUCUUCAUCCUCCUCCUCACGAUCAUUCUCUCCAUCUCUAUUCUUGUUUUAUUUUCAAUCAUUAUCUCAUUCUCUCUCAUCGUAUUUAACUCUACAAAGCACAAAAUCAAACGGAGAAAUCCCAUCUUUAUCGUUCUUUUUCAUCAUCUACUUCCUCAAUCCUCGCUUGUUUGCCCCCCACACUUCGACCAACAUCACAUACCUCAUUUCUUUUAUCAAUUAACUUCGUGGGUGCUCUCAAUUUUGUAUUUUUACUAUAAAUUAAAAUAUGGGCUAGUUCGAUUCUUCAAAAAGAAUCUUGAUUGGGUGUUUCUUGAUUUUGCAUAGUGUUUUGGAUUGAUAAUCGGUUUUUGACCUUGAUGCAAGUUUUGGGGUUGGGUUUUAAAGUACUAAUAAGGAUUUAGUUUUUUUUCUUCAAACCCUAAUUUGAGGUUUAAAUUAGGCUUAUGUGGAUCUGAAUUGGGGUUCGGAGUUUUAUCGAAUAAAGAAUCAUGGAUCAUGUUGUUGGUGGGAAGUUUAAGAUUGGGAGGAAAAUUGGUAGUGGAUCUUUUGGCGAACUUUAUUUAGGUGUUAAUAUUUCAAGUGGGGAAGAAAUAGCUAUUAAACUGGAACCUGUCAAAACAAAGCAUCCUCAACUUCAUUAUGAAUCAAAAUUAUAUACGCUUCUCCAAGGAGGAACGGGAAUACCAAGCUUCAAGUGGUUUGGAGUGGAGGGAGAGUAUAAUAUCAUGGUUAUUGACCUUCUUGGACCAAGUCUUGAAGACCUUUUCAACUAUUGUAGUAGAAAGUUCAGCUUAAAGACUGUCUUAAUGCUUGCAGAUCAACUAAUAAAUAGAGUCGAGUUCAUGCAUGCAAGAGGUUUUCUUCAUCGUGACAUAAAGCCUGACAAUUUCUUAAUGGGUUUGGGACGUAAAGCUAAUAUGGCAUACGUGAUUGAUUUUGGCCUUGCAAAAAAGUAUAGAGAUCUUCAAACUCAUAAACACAUUCCAUAUAGGGAAAAUAAAAAUCUCACAGGGACUGCCCGCUAUGCUAGUGUUAACACGCACCUUGGAAUCGAACAAAGUAGACGGGAUGAUCUCGAGUCUCUCGGUUAUGUUCUUAUGUAUUUCCUAAGAGGAAGCCUUCCAUGGCAGGGAUUGAGAGCUGGAACCAAGAAGCAGAAAUACGAUAAAAUAAGUGAAAAGAAGAUGUUGACUCCAAUUGAGGUGCUAUGUAAAUCAUACCCAUCGGAAUUUACAGCAUAUUUCCAUUAUUGUCGAUCAUUGAGAUUCGAAGACAAACCCGACUAUUCUUAUUUGAAGAGGCUUUUUCGGGAACUAUUUAUUCAAGAAGGCUAUCAGUUCGACUAUGUAUUUGAUUGGACCAUAUUGAAGUACCCCCAUAUUGGUGCUACCUCUAAAGGACGAAAUUUAGUUGCCAAUGCGGGUUUAAAUGCUGGAACAUCAGCUGAAAAGCCUGGAAGAACCUCAGCUGGUGAAGAUAUCCGUGAUAGAGUCUCGGGUGCAGUAGAAGCAUUGUCUAGACGAAAUUCUUCCCGCCAUGAACAUUCUAGAAACAGGAUUCCCGAUGAUAUACCUUCAUCAAAAGAUGUGCAACCCGAUUCUGAAAAACUCCGGUCAUCUCGAAACGGGGACUCAUCAAAACGUGCCGCCAUUCCCGGCGGCAGGCCAAGUUCCUCCGGCGAACCAAUGGAAGUCCGGUCAAGCCGCCAUGUGGCGGGAAGUGGUGGAGGUGGGCGGUUGUCGACUGCUCAUAGAGUCCAACCGGGAUAUGACACCAAACAAUCAGUUUUUUCUCGUGCUACAAAAAGUGGCAAUGAUGAUCCUGUCCGCAGCUUUGAGUUCCUCUCACUCAGGAAAUGAAAAAAAUCGCCAUUUUUAUCCAAGUGAUUUUUUUCAACUCUUACAGGAAUGGAUGAUGUGGCAUUUUCGAAUAAGUGGAAAGGGUAUACUUACAUGAGAAUACCUUUGUAAAUUGUGUAUCGGGUUUUCACUUUUCAUGAAUGAUUUAGAAAUGAGUCCCAAAGGAUUUUUUGUGUUCUUGAUGUUGCGUAUGUCGUAAAAAGGAUCAUAUAAAAGAAAAUUUAGUAAUAACUUUGGUUUUUUUUAUGUGUGACACAACGGUAUAUUAAUAAUAUGGAGAUUUUAUCGAUUGUUAA